AUGCGCACGGUCCAUCUGGCUGACAAUUAUCUCGUUGUGAGCCAUACCACAGGUGGAAAAGGCGUCGAAGAAUUCAACGUCCUCGAUGUCCGCUGUCAGCAUAAUGGACUCGAAAUAUGCGAGCAUCGGCGAUGGCUGCCGGUGGGAUGUGCCUGGACUUUCGACUGCUGCGGCGACACGAUGGCAGUGGGGGGCGAGGACGGGAGAGUAGGAGUAUGGGACUUGAAGACAGGCGCAAAGAGCCUGGCAUUCGAUGGCCAUACCAGCGAGAUAAAAUGUGUAUCAUUUCCAGACGCAGAGACAAUCAUAUCCGGCGCAACUGAUGGAAGUCUAAUUGUGUGGGACGUUCCUUCCGGCACAAGACGGCACACAUUAGAAGAGCCCUGUGGUACUGCGUAUCUGAAGCCAAUAACGUCUCUCAAAAGCCAUGAUAACCUUCUUGUUUCUGGAAUUGGUCGCGGAAUCGUCCAGAUCUGGGAUUUGAACAAUGGUCAUUCCAGAGGCUUACAAGAAGGCCAUGAUGGCUGUGUCGUGGUGUCAGAGUUCAACGCCGAUCGUUCUCUGCUUGCUACAGGAGCAACGGGAGGUGAGGUGAAAAUUUGGAACGUCAACUCUGGUGCAUGCAUUGCCAGCUGCCUUGGCCACACACGGGUGGUAAACCAGUUGACGACAGACCCAGACGAUGCGGGACUUCUGAUUUCAGCAUCAGCGGACGGCUGGAUUCGGACUUGGAAAUGGGAUACCGGCGCUUCUGUGCACACGUUCUGGGCCGGUGACAGCUCUGCGGGAAGAAACGCUAUAUGCGGAGUUGUCUGGACCAAGGACCUUAUGAUCACUGGGGCAGUGAACGGGCUUCUCCGGGCCUGGGACCGCCAAACACAUCAGGUUCGCUUCGAUCUAAGGGAGCGUCAAGGUGAGGUGUAUAAGUUUGCGGCUAAGGGCGGUUUGCUUGCUGUUGUGGUGUGGCUUGAGAACGGGAAGCAUUUGGUCGAACUAUACAAUAUCUCGGAACUUGACCACGAGCGGAGUAGGUUUGUGAACAAAAACGAAGAUCUGAGUGGUUCGUCUCUGGUCAUGAACUUGAACCUCCAGAAUCUUGUGAUAGCCAAGUAG